UUGAGGCAACAGAUCAUCACACACACUCAUAGAUGCGAGGCCUGGAAUUUACUUAAUUAUUAGUUGGGUCUCAGGUUGACUCUUCCCCUUUGCAGAUUUUUUUUCUGUGAUCUCCUCUCAGGUGUGACACAUUCAGCAGCAGAAGAGGAAGACGUUUCAGUAUGUCUGUAGGGCUAGAGUUGAUAGGCAUCUCCCUGUGCAUUUUGGGAUGGAUUAUUGCCAUUGUGGCGUGCGCUCUUCCUAUGUGGAGGGUGACGGCCUUCAUCGGCAGCAACAUUGUGACGGCUCAGAUCAUCUGGGAGGGCCUGUGGAUGACUUGUGUGGUCCAGAGCACGGGCCAGAUGCAGUGUAAGGUCUAUGACUCCAUGCUCGCCCUCUCCCAAGACCUCCAAGCUGCCCGCGCCCUCACCAUUAUCUCCAUCCUGUUAGCCAUCCUAGCAGUGCUGAUCGGCAUCGCUGGGGCCAAGUGCACAAACUGCAUUGACGACGAGGCAUCCAAGGCCAAGGUGAUGAUCGUCUCUGGGGUCUUCUUCAUUAUUUCCGGGGUCAUGCAGCUCAUUCCUGUCUCUUGGGCGGCCAACACCAUAAUCAGGGACUUCUACAGCCCUAUAAUUACUGACGCUCAGCGGAGGGAGCUGGGGGCCUCGCUGUACAUCGGCUGGGGAGCUGCUGGCCUCCUGGUUCUCGGUGGCGGAAUGCUCUGCUGCUCCUGUCCGCCACGUGAGACCAGAUACAACCAUUCACGAAUGGCUUACUCUGCCUCACGGUCCGCAGGUGGCCCAGGGUUGGAAAGGAAAGACUAUGUAUGAAUGAAAGUCAAAGAGGAAAAGACAUUAUUGAAUUUUAAACCCGCUGUCCACGCCAAACUGGUGUGCUGAGGAAAAGAGCUCAAGGAAACAAGGAGACUCCGUAAUGAAGUUUUAUGUUGCCUUUCAUGUUAAAUAUCUCUGACUUAGGCUCUUUGUUUUUCAGAGACUAAAAAAGCACCCAAAGGACAUUGCAGUGGAACUUUAAUCAUGUCUCAAAAGAAAAAGCAAAGAAAAUUAUGUUCUUAGCGCUGUUUUAUAAGGUCAACACAUUAAAUGUUAUCGUACAGUAUACAAUCAUAUACUUUUUAUACAGUCCUGGCUUCUAAAUGUUUACCACUGAAUUUCUGUUUAUAAAAACCGCCAUGACUUCUUCAUGUAUCACCUUCAUAAUUAAGGCACUGCUGUGUAACAAGAAUAUAUAACAAGAAUUAUCUUUGUAGCACAUGUAUCUAACAAGUGUUUUUUUGUUUUUUUUAAUAAACAUGCCUGUUUUUUUCCAACAUA